CCCCCUCGGAAGCUGUAACAAAUGUCGUGGGUGUGGGGUCGGCUUGGUCUCAGCGGGCAAAGUCCGGACUCACUGUCUCCCUCACCUCCUCCCCCGUCCCAACAGGCUGGAGGAGCAGCAGGAGGAGGAGGAGGGAAUGAAGGGGAGGAGGAGGUGGUGGGGGUGGGGAGAAGGAGGUGGGCAAGAAAUGGGUGGGGUUUGAUCCCACUGGACUGGAGAGGGCAGCAAAAGCUGCGAGAGAGCUUGACCAAUCAGCUCAUGCCAGAGAGGCUCUGGAGAUGUCCAAGAUGCAAGAGACGACGCAGCAGAUGCAGCAUCAGGAGGAAAUUGCCAAACACCAGGCCUACGUGAAGCAGUUUGAGGUGGAGAAAGUGAGAACCGAUCACGAGGAGCGGCGCAAGACGAUGGGUGCAGAGGUCAAGCAGCACCAGGAGAGGGCAAAGUUCGAGGACCAACUGGCAAGAAGGCGGUACGACGACCAACUUGCACAGCAGCGCCACAUCCAAGAGGAGAACUUGCGUAAACAAGAAGAGUCUGUCAAGAAACAAGAGGCCAUGAGGCGAGCCACCAUAGAGUAUGAGAGUGAACUGAGACACAAGAACGAGAUGGCCAGAGUCCAGGCAGAGAUCAGUGGCAAGACUCGUAUGGAGAGAGAGAACCAGGACCUGGCUCUGGAGCAGAUCAGAGUGAAGGCUGCAGAGUACAGGACCACCGUCCUGGAGAGCAUCAGGGCAGCAGGAUCUCUCAUUGGUCAGGGGGUGUCCAAUUUCAUCACUGAUUGGGACAAAGUCUCAGCCACUGCUGCGGGGAUCACUCUGAUAGCUGUUGGUGUGUACGCAGCCAAGAUGGGGACAGGAGUUGCUGCUCGUUACGUGGAGGCCAGAUUGGGGAAACCCUCGCUAAUUAGGGAGACAUCUCGCCUCUCUUUCUUCCAGGGGUUGAGACGUCCUGUCAAGGCUGUAAGGAGAGUGUUCAGUAGACCUUCGGACCCUCUGGCUGGCAUUGUUUUCCAGCCAGUGUUUGAAGACAAGCUGAGAGCCCUGGCCAGAGCCACUAUAAACACACGUACCAAUGGAGGAGUGUAUCGCAACGUCCUCAUGUAUGGUCCUCCUGGUACCGGGAAGACCAUGUUUGCCAAGAGUCUGGCCCACCACUCGGGGAUGGACUAUGCCAUUCUGACUGGAGGCGACAUAGUUCCUCUCGGGAAAGAUGGGGUCACUGCCAUGCACAAGGUCUUUGACUGGGCCUCGGCUAGCAGGAAGGGAGUGGUACUGUUUGUGGAUGAAGCUGAUGCGUUCCUCAGGAAAAGAAGCAAGGUGGCUAUUAGUGAAGAUUUGAGAAGCACUCUCAAUGCAUUUCUCUAUCGCACCGGAGAGGCCUCCAGAAGGUUCAUGUUGGUCCUGGCUAGUAACCAGCCAGACCAGUUUGACUGGGCAGUCAACGACAGACUGGAUGACCUAGUGAGGUUCUCCAAGCCCGGCCAGCCCGAGAGACUCCGCAUGUUGAAACUCUACUUCAGUCUCUACAUACUGGACCCUCCCAGAGUGGCCUGGUGGAAAAGACCAAGGCACAUCCCGCUACCUCCUGAUGUGGACUGGGAGGAGAAACUGACAGAGAUAUCCAGGAGAAUUGAAGGAUUCUCCGGGAGAGAAAUAUCCAAACUGGUGAUCGCCUGGCAGGCCGAUGCGUAUGGUUCUACGGAGGGACGACUGGACGAGACUAUGAUGGACAGAUGUGUGGGAGAAAUGUUGGAGCAACACUCUCAGAAACAGGUCUGGGACAAGGGAACGUUAGACCAAUCUUAGAGUUGUAAAUAUCAUAUAUCACUCACUCAAAGAAAAUUAUACAGGUAUUGUUUGUCUCAGUAUUAUGGGAGUGUUAAUUUAUACAGUGCAUAAUUAUUUGACAAGCGCUGAAAGAAUUUGCGAGUAUAUAACAUUGGCAUAGAUAUGUGAUUCCACAUGCUCCAUUGUUUGAUGGAUUCAUUUUAUAUUUGGGGUUGUGUUUGCACCAAUAACCCAUAACCUGGCAAUAGUGUCUUACACUACUGUGCAAAUAAUUUCACAUUGCACCCUAGAGUUUUGGAUUGACAUUUCUCCGCGAGUUGCAGGUUCAUUGACACCAUCUGUGCAACGUCGGUGGCACACCCCCAGCUGAAGGUAAAGCCAUGCCCACCGUGGCCGUAAUUGUGAAUCAACAGGGAUUCACCCCCAAUUUCCUCGUCAAUUUCAACUC